GGUGGAUUAGGAAGUCCAGUUAGUUUGACGAGUAACAAUAGCAGUACUCAAGAACUAAGCGUCUCUCUCGGAAUGGGAGCCUCUUUUUGGUUGUCUAUCACCGGAAAAUGAUACGACAAGAUCUCUAUUUCGUCUCGCCACACAAAACGCGACCUAGUCUCUUCGGUUUACCGCUAUUGGUUCCCUUAGCAUGGAGAACAGAUGGCGUCCCAUCUUCAGGAGAUGAACGAAACAGAAUGUUAGUUCUACAAACGACGAGCCAAGAUUUGUAUCGGUGUGUGUGGACGCUGGUGUCUCGGCUGGUCUCGCCUUCACCCCCUACUGACAGUGGCACACUUCCAAAUCACGCCCAUGACUGCGAUGAUAGUCUGGGCUACGAGUUCCCUUUCACCCUAAAAGUUGUACAGGCCAAUGGAAUCCAUUGUGGUAUUUGUCCAUGGACCAAAUUCUGUAAAGGAUGCCCGCUGGCUCCAACGCCUGACCCCCUACCAAAUGGUAGUGAGACCAAUUCAUCCUAUAUCGAAGGCGUCCUUAAUUAUUGCAUCGCCGUUGAUUGGGAACCGACUGCUCUUCAUCUCCGUUAUCAGACGUCGCUUGAAAAGGUAUUUGACGAAGAUCCCAGUGUAGCCAAAGCUCUUCACCAACAAACAGAACCAGUCAGUCUAGAGCAGUGCUUGCAAGCUUUCACGCGAGAAGAGCAACUCUCAGGGGAUGAAAAGUACUACUGUCCUAAAUGCGCCACCCACCAGCCAGCUACCAAAAAGCUACAAAUCUGGAGAUUGCCCCCAAUACUGAUCGUUCAUCUGAAACGAUUCCAGUUCGUCAACCACCGUUGGAUUAAGUCUCACAAGGCUGUUCAGUUUCCACAUAACAAUUUGGAUUUCACCGAAUUCUUAGCAGCAAUUCCUAGCGAAACGCUAGUACGCCAUCGACAAAUAGCUUCUUCUUCUUCCAUGCCACCGAACGGGGUGGCAGAAUCAAGCAAGGACGAUUCAAAUGAUAUUUCAACUAAACAUUCCAUUUCCUCGUCCGUCCCUUAUUCCAACGGGCAUCCACCAAAUAUUCGGGAAGUGAUCACCGGCAACGAAUCUACUCGUAAGCGUCUCGAAUCCACGUCGCUUAUCACUCAUCCGGUCCAUGAUGAGGAUCUUAUUGAUUUUCAUCAACACCGGCUCCUACCAGGCUAUAACAAGCUAGACAUUACUUACAGCCUUUACGCUGCUGUGUGUCAUUCGGGUAUUAUGGGAGGAGGCCAUUACAUCUCCUAUGCCAAGAAUCCUAACGGUAAAUGGUUCUACUACAAUGACUCUACGUGCAAGGAAUCCUCGGCUAAUCAGAUUGAAGGACAGACUGCUUAUAUGUUGUUUUUUGAGCGAGACGGUAUUGAUAUGAAGGCAUACCUCCCUAAAUUACGUGAACCUAGUACGAGUUCGGCUGAAAGCGCCAAUAGUGAAUCUACAUCGGGCAAAGUAGCAGUCGCAGUCAGUGGUUUAGAAGAAGAAGAAGGCAAAAAGUGCUGCAUCAUGUGAUGCAUUCUUGACGUAUUCAGCCCUUAUAUUUCAGUUUUUAAUAAUGAGUUUCACCUCAAAGAGCAAAAUGGUACGCUUAAGAUCGCGCUCUAGUCACUCGCAAAGGUCAAACUUUCCACUAGUAAGUGAUGGAUAAAUGCGUUCUUUUUGGUGUCGUUUCAAUAAUGAUGGCCAUUCAUAUAGAAAUUUCUGUUUGUAGAGAGUUCAAAUGUAGUUGGUUCCCAUACUACUUUAUUUACCUUUAUAAUAAUCCAUUGAGCGGUAGUUGUUGCUUGUUGUUUGUUUUUGUGCCUUUGUUCCCAGUGUAUCAAAACGCGUGUUUACAUAUAUUGCGGUGCAAAUAACUCAUGAAAAAUCCCAACAGGUAUGAACGUUUGAUUGACACGAAAGCUUUGUUUCCUUUAUAUUCAAACUAUUUCUCUACAGUGACACAAGCAGUUGACUUCAUUCCAGUCUGUAAUGCUCCAUUAAGUCCAUUUCAAAUGUUUUGCUUUGCGGGAUGUAGGUAUGUUCAGACAUGUCUGCAGCCCGUGUGUCCUUUUCUUGUUCUGUAAAUGAAUGCAUGUAUAAUAGUUAUUAUGUCUGCAAAAUUAUCCGUGAUUUUACGCGUUUCCCCCGUGCAAUUUCAAAUAAUAAUAAUGCGUUUAUAUGCAUGUACACUGAUAAUCUUUGUCAAUCAAUGUUGUGAUUGCAUCCUAUAUUUUAAAGAACUACAAAGGACAUUUACCUGGGUAUCCAGCCUUUGCUUUAAAGUCAAUAGUUUCCGAAGCUGAUAUCGGCACUGGUAUUAUAUGACCCGUUCUUUUGGAAACUCGUACUUUCUCUCCUUGCUCUGUAAACCGCCAUUCUACUUUAGUCCCUUUACUACAUCCGAAAAAUAUUAUUAGUCGUAAUAU